AAGGGCGUCGCUGCUGACAUGGCUCAGGAAAACUCGGCCUUCUCCCCUGGGCCCGAGGAGCCCCCCGGGGGUCUCCCCCGCGCCCUGGCGGCGCGCGCCGAUCCCCGAGAGCCCCCGGAGAGGCCGCCCCGACGGGGCCGCCAGCGCUAUGUGGAGAAGGACGGCAAGUGCAACGUGCAGCAGGGCAACGUGCGGGAGACGUACCGCUACCUGACGGACAUCUUCACCACGCUCGUGGACCUGCAGUGGCGACUCAGUCUGCUCUUUUUCGUGCUCGCCUAUGCGCUCACCUGGCUCUUUUUCGGCGCCAUCUGGUGGCUGAUCGCCUACGGCCGCGGGGACCUGGAGCACCUAGAGGACACGACGUGGACGCCGUGCGUGAACAACCUCAACGGCUUCGUGGCCGCCUUCCUAUUCUCCAUCGAAACCGAGACCACCAUCGGCUACGGGCACCGCGUCAUCACGGACCAGUGCCCCGAGGGCAUCGCGCUGCUGCUGCUGCAGGCCAUCCUGGGGUCCAUGGUCAACGCCUUCAUGGUGGGCUGCAUGUUCGUCAAGAUCUCGCAGCCCAACAAGCGCGCCGCCACGCUCGUCUUCUCCUCGCACGCCGUGGUGUCUCUGCGCGACGGGCGCCUGUGCCUCAUGUUCCGCGUGGGCGACCUGCGCUCGUCUCACAUCGUGGAAGCCUCCAUCCGCGCCAAGCUCAUCCGUUCGCGCCAGACGCUCGAGGGCGAGUUCAUUCCCCUGCACCAGACUGACCUCAGCGUCGGCUUCGACACGGGCGACGAUCGCCUCUUUCUCGUCUCGCCCCUGGUCAUCAGCCACGAGAUAGAUGCCUCCAGCCCCUUCUGGGAGGCGUCACGGCGUGCCCUCGAGAGGGACGACUUCGAGAUCGUGGUGAUCCUUGAGGGCAUGGUGGAGGCCACUGGGAUGACGUGCCAAGCUAGGAGCUCAUAUCUGGUGGACGAGGUGCUGUGGGGUCACCGCUUCAUGUCCGUACUGAGCCUGGAAGAUGGCUUCUACGAGGUGGACUAUGCCAGCUUCCAUGAGACCUUCGAGGUGCCCACACCCUCCUGCAGUGCCCGAGAGUUGGCUGAGGCUGCUGCCCGGCUUGAUGCUCAUCUCUACUGGUCCAUCCCCAGCCGGCUGGAUGAGAAGGUGGAGGAGGAAGGGGCGGGAGAGGGGCCGGGCUGGGGGAAUGAAGGGGACAAGGACAAGAACGGUCGCCUGCCCCCCCCAGAGAGUGAGUCCAAGGUGUAGCUCUAGCCAGAGGAGGUAGGAUACACCCCUUCCCCACUACCUCCCAACCCCCAGUAUCAGACAGAUGGCCAGGAUCAGGACAGACAGGUCCAAUGGUAGCAGAGAGGCCCAGGCAUAAAAGAGAAAAAGACCUAAUUACUUACAAAGAGGUUCAAGUUCAAUGGGCCCUUUAGAAUCUCAAGUCUAGGAUCCACUCUGGGAGGAGAGAGCUAGUGUAGGCAUUAGGGGUGGGAUUGAGAAUCCAUUUGCCAUGGAGCUAGAGAGGAUGAAAUAUGGGUUGUGGACCAUUGCAUUUAUGUUUGUUAUUAAAUCUAUUUAAAGAUGGACACACAUUUGAGUAGCAUAGGGUCAGAUCAGUAUUUGAAUGAGAAGGUAGAAGGAAAGAGAUAUGAUCUAAUGAAUAUAUGACUAGAUGGAGAAUUGGCAGUUUUAUGAGAGGAUGGGUAGAGAAAUGGAUGGAGUGAUAAGAUUAGGAUUAGAUUGGAUUAAGUUGUUGAGUGGUUUGAGGAUAGAGGGAGUUGUAUGGGAAGCUGAGAGGGUUGGUGGGUGGAUGGAUGGAUGGAUGGAUGGAUAGAAGGACAGAGACAGAGAGAAAUACUUGGACAUUAGUAGGCAGAGGUGAGUGGCAGAAUGGAUAGUAAUGUUGAUAAAUGGAAAAAUAGAAGGGAGGGAGAGAGGAAUAAAAGAACUCUUCCUGCCCUAGCUGGUAAGGUAGACAGCUCUGAGUUGAGAGGAGAGGAAAGAGAAUCUGUGCCCAAGGGGAAGAAAGAGUGAGCCAUGGAGUAGCUAGCUCUUCAGAUAGGCUUUUUAAAAAACUUCUAUAUUAAGAGAAUUAUAGAUACAGAUCUAUUUAACUGUGGGGUGGGAUGGAGUGGUAAGGGCUUGGGAGUGAUCCCAGCACUAGCUCCAGUGCAAUUGGGGGUCAGAAGAGGCUAUUCCUGGAGAGGACAGAGAGCGUUUGAGUGGUUGUGAUCAUUCAGACAAGUGUUAUGGAAGCCAGAACUGAAGAAGAGUCUUCUAUCACUUUUGUCACUGUUGAGCAAGAUGGGAAAUGGAGGAAGAAGAGAAUCAAUCAAUGCUGUUGACUGAGCACCAGCUGUGAACUGAGCACUGACCUGGGCAUGAUAGAGAGAGGCAAUAGGAUAUGAGAAAAACUGGCCCCUGGCUUUGCCAUCUAUCUGGUAAGAAAGAAUACACAUGUGAAAAAACUGAAUGGACAAUAUACCAAUCCAGGAAAAUCAGUAUACCUGAGACUAAGGCCAAGAGCUGAGCAGUGCCAAAUAAUGAGCAUACAAACUGGGAGAGCGCAGUGGUCUUGGAAGGCAUCUUUGAGAGGAGUUCUGCUGCGUUUAAGGAUCUGUGCUGGUGGGCAAAGAGAGGCUAGAGGGAUUAAUCUGGGUAGAAGGAAUAUAGCAAGUUCAGGAGGUAGGAAAGGGAGCAGACCAUCUUGGCAGAACCAGGUGAAAUAGAGUCCCUGAGCAUGGUGGAGGGAAGAAGGCCUUAAGUAUCAGGAUUAAGAAUUUGCAUUCUGCAGAGUUGGUAUCAGAGAACCAUUGAUGGUUUUCUGACAGUUCAAUAAGCACUGAUUAAAUUCUUGCUAUGUGCCAGGCACUAGGGUUACAAAGACAAAAAUGAAACAGUCCCUGCCCUCAUGGAGCUUAUGUUCUCUUGGAGAGAGACAACACUUGUGCACAGAGAAGUAAAUAAAAAUAUAAGGAUAAGGACCAGACCAGUGAUUUCACUGGAAAAGGGAACUUCUGGCUAGAGAAACUCCCUCUACAAUUCCUUUUACGGUUGUGGUGCCUUCUCUGCAAUUUAUGAUCUUAGCAAGAUCUCUGAAAAGAUUAAGUGACUUGCCUAAGGCCACUUAGUCAACAUAUGUCAGAGACGAGGCUUAACCUGUCUUCCUAGAUUCAAAGCCGGUGCUCUAUCCACUAUGCUUAUACAUGGUAAAGAUGCAGAAACUGGGAAGGAGUAGGGCGGAGAAAGAAGCGUAAGACAGGGUGGAGAAUCAUUGAAAGGCAUUCUCUAGGAUGUGGCACUUAAGUGGAGCCUUGUGGGGGAGCUAGAGAUAACAAGAGGUAAGGAUGAGGAAAGAGGACAUUUCGGGAAGAAAGUGGGAUCAGGGCAAGGAGUGGAGAGGGAGGGGAGGAUCAUGGAGGAUCAUGCCUUUGCAAAGACAGAGAUGAGAGAGCAGGAUAUGCAUUGCAAAUGACAGGGGAGUGACAUGGAAUGAUGCAAGUACACUUUAGGAGAAUUUGUCUGAUGGUAAUUGUGGGAUGGAUUGAAAGCAAGAGAGACAGGGAGCAGGGACCUCAGGAGGCAAUUAGGAAGCAACUGCAGUAACCCAUCCAUGAGGGGACUGAGAAAAAGGCAUUUAAGUUGCGUUGUAAAGGUUUAAAGGUUGGAUUCAAACUUAGGUUAAUCCCCUGGGACUGAUUCCUCUGAGGAGAGAGGACCUGAAUUAGAGAGGUAGCCAUGGCAAGGGAGCCAAUCUCUUCUAGAAGGGUGACCAGGAUGUAGUUAGUAAUGGAUCAAACGAGGAAUGAAGCCGAGAAGAGAUUCAAAGAUGACUUUGACUGUGACCGUGGCCUGCUAUCUGUCUGUGCUUCGUGGACUGGGAGCCCCCCCCAGAAAUAAUCUCCCUUCCAUAUCCUCUCAUGCCCUGCCUGCCCUUCCCACCCUUCUGACCCAGUAAUUAAAAGAGCAGAGGCCUCUGGGACCAGAUCAUGAGUGAUAAGGGUGGGGGCAAACCUCAGAUGGUAAGGUGUGAUGAGAGGGAGGCAAACCUCUGGGACUGGUCUCCUCUAAAGGAAGCGAAAGAAAAUAUGGCCACUGGCCAGGAGCACCCACACCCUAGUCCUGCCUGCCCUCAAAAGGGAGGGAGGACAUCUAUGGCAGUACUGGCUUAGUGAGGGCCCUUUGCUUCACAACUGUGACUUCAUACUCACUCCUGCUCUUUAAUAAACUUACAGCCCCUCUGGGGGGAAGAACUCUA